CUGGGAUUUACUGUCUGGCAGAAACACACUUGCAAUUAACAGCUGGCACCAGAGGAAAGCAGACAUCCAAAACUGGCUCUGAAGGAGGUCGGCAGAGAAACCUUCCCAGAGUUGAAGCUGGAUUUUGGUCUGAGUACCCCUCUCUCCUCCAUACAAAGAACAGCAUACUAGACCUGCAUCCUGAACUCUUGAUUCUAGAAGAAUGAGAUCUUACACAGUCUUCCCACUGGCCUCUAUCUUGCUCUCUCUAAUGCUGUUUCAUCAAGUCUGGCCUCAGUUUCCACGAGAAUGUGCCACUGUUGAGGCUCUGAGAAGUGGGGUGUGUUGCCCAGACUUGUUCCCUUCCUCCGGACCUGGGACUGACCGCUGUGGCUCAUCAUCAGGAAGGGGCAGGUGUGAGGCUGUAACUGCAGACUCCCGACCCCACAGUCGCCAUUACCCCCAUGAUGGCAAAGAUGACCGAGAAAGCUGGCCUCUGCGGUUCUUCAAUAGGACAUGUCAGUGCAAUGGUAAUUUCUCAGGACACAACUGUGGGACCUGCCGUCCUGGGUGGAGUGGAGCGGCAUGCAACCAGAAAAUUCUCACAGUCAGGAGAAAUCUUCUUGACCUAAGUACAGAAGAAAAGAGCCACUUUGUCAGGGCCUUGGAUAUGGCGAAGCGCACAACUCACCCUCAAUUUGUCAUUGCCACAAGGAGGUCAGAAGACAUACUGGGACCAGAUGGCAACACACCACAAUUCGAGAACAUUUCCAUUUACAACUACUUUGUCUGGACACACUAUUACUCAGUCAAAAAAACCUUCCUUGGGGCAGGACAGGAAAGCUUUGGUGAUGUGGAUUUCUCUCAUGAAGGACCAGCUUUCCUCACAUGGCACAGGUACCAUCUUCUGCAGCUGGAGAGAGACAUGCAGGAAAUGCUGCAGGAGCCUUCUUUCUCCCUUCCUUACUGGAAUUUUGCAACGGGGAGAAAUGUAUGUGAUGUUUGCAGCGAUGACUUGAUGGGAUCCAGAAGCAACUUCGAUUCCACUCUUAUAAGCGCCAACUCUGUCUUCUCUCAAUGGAGAGUGGUCUGUGAGUCCUUAGAAGAAUACGACACCCUGGGAACACUUUGCAACAGCACUGAGGGUGGGCCAAUCAGGAGGAACCCGGCCGGAAACGUGGGGAGACCAGCAGUGCAGCGGCUUCCGGCACCACAGGAUGUCACUCAGUGCUUGGAACUCAGAGUGUUUGACACACCUCCUUUUUAUUCAAAUUCUACAAACAGUUUUCGAAACACAGUGGAAGGUUACAGUGAUCCCACGGGAAAAUAUGACCCUGCUGUUCGAAGCCUUCACAACCUGGCCCACCUCUUCCUGAACGGAACUGGAGGACAAACCCAUCUGUCUCCCAAUGAUCCUAUUUUUGUCCUCCUGCAUACUUUCACUGAUGCCAUCUUUGAUGAAUGGCUAAGGAGGUAUAGUGCUGAUAUUUCGACCUUCCCACUGGAAAACGCUCCAAUUGGGCAUAACAGGCAAUAUAACAUGGUACCAUUCUGGCCUCCAGUCACCAACACAGAAAUGUUUGUUACUGCUCCGGACAACCUGGGAUAUGCAUAUGAAGUUCAAUGGCCAGGUCAGGAGUUUACUGUGCCUGAAAUCAUUACCAUUGCUGUAGUGGCUGCACUGUUACUUGUCGCUGUCCUUUUUUUGGGUGCUUCUUGUCUGAUCCGAUCUAGGCGCACCAAAAAUGAAGUCAGCAAGCCUCUCCUCACUGAUCGCUAUCAAUGCUAUGCUGAAGAAUAUGAAGAACUACCAAAUCCUAAUCAGUCCAUGGUCUGACAGCCGCCUGCUUGUCCUCUAAUGCAGUAAAAUGGGAAGCAACCUGAUGGAAACACACUUGCCUUUAUGCUUCCUUCCUUUCUUUCUUUCUUACAUAGAUCUGUGAUGGAAUGAAAGCAUUGUUUUUCAGAGCUGAGAAUUCAAGAAUCUUUUCAAUGGGUUCUGAUUAUUAGUUCUAUUUAAGAUGGCACAUUGUACCAGCUCCAUGACAUCCAAGAGGAAUUUGUGGUGACCUUUGUGGUAUUCUAAAGACUGCCUGUAUGAAUAAACAAUGUUUUGAUGUAAACAUCUCUUCUUCAAAUACAUGAGUGCCAUGUUCUUGUGAACAUGCAAGUGCAUUGCUAUUGUUGAUAUUGGUCAACAGAUAUAAAGGCAGCCCUAUAGAUUAGUUAAAACAAAUUACAUGAUAUUGCAAACAAAUAGGAUCUUGAUUAGCUUUCUGAAACCGGUCUCAUUUUGGUGUCAGCAUACAUUAUUGAGCUCAGGUGCGAGGCUACAGUGAAGUCACAAUCCUUGUCACACUUAGUAAGAACGAAAGCUACUACACAUGCUUGCCACCCUUUCCCAUGCUUAUUUCUCUGGGCAGGAAACUGCCUGUGUCACAGUUCACCUCCUAAUACCGGGGUCUUUUAGGUCUGCAUAGGUCAAAGGACAUGGUGCUCUCUGGAUAGUACCAAACACGUUCUUUUACUUCAGCAUACUUCAUCACUUAUCAACCUUCUGUGUGUUUCAAGUAAAUACAAUAAAGUCUUGUUUCACUGGUUCCAGUUUUUCAAAAGUUCAUUCUUUUUUUUUUUCAAUAUAUCUUCAAGAAAAACAAACAAACAAACAAAACUGAAGUCUUAACUCUGUUCUCUCAGAUGACCUGUAACUUUCUAUCUAGACCAAGCUGGCCUAAAAUUCACAGUUUUACCUGCCUCUUCCUCCCUCAAUGCUGAGAUUAAGAAGGUAUACCACUGCUGUCUCUGACAUGAACUGAGGGGCUGGCUUUUUGAUUACCUCCCCCUGAGGGGAGAGCAGCCUUACCACAGAGGAAGACAAUGCAACCAGACCUGAUAAGCUAGGGUCAGAUGGAAGGGGAGGAGGACCUCCCCUAUCAGUUGACUGGGAGAGGGGCAUGGGAGGAGAUGAGGGAGGGAGGGUAGGAUGAGGAGCGAAUGA